ACUCAUACGGCAGACCGAAACAGAAAACAUGGUGAAACCCUGUGGCUCCUCAUGAUGGUCAAUCACUGGUGGUGCUUGCUCUGUGUCUCAGCUCUUUUUGCCUCCGUCCUCGGAACAAUACACUGGAAAUGUCUGAAACCAAACGUACAGAAGUGCGAGAGUCAAAAUGUUGCCAGGUUUAAAUCUGCUCUAAAGGACAAUAACUAUCAAGCCAUGUGCGAAUCGGUUGAGGAACUAAUUGAUUGUGCCCAGAUCGACUGCGGGGGAGAAUCCUGGGAUCCUACCGAUGAUUUCCUCACCAAGCUAAAGGAGUACUCUGAGGCCACAGGAUUAUGUGGGGACGAAGCCCAGACCAACGCGUGUGCCGUUAACUUGAGCAAGACCUGUAUGAAAACCAUGGCGAAAUUCAUGGUGAGGAUGGGCGAUCCGUGCAUAUUUUACGGUAUGUACGCCGGCUGCAUCAUCAAAGGCGGCAGCAAGUGCGGCGACGACACGACAACAGCCUACAUGAGCGAGAUGGACCGACAGAUUCGCGAGAAAAUGCCCACGGUAUUCGGCUCCACCACUGUGGAUAUGUGUCCUCGAUGGCCUCGCAUGUACCAGAUGUUUCUCCGUCAGCGGGGCUGAAGCGCCGGUCGAUCACACCAGUUUUUUGAGUUCUACUCAUAACAUUGCUCCCAUCAAGUCCCAAGUCACCUCACUCUGUUAACUGUAUACCACUGGAGUCAUCAUUGGUGGAGUAGCGUGAAUCACUCGUCUCGGGUAGAGACAAAUUAAUCCGUCAACCAUCACCUCACUUCAUGCAGCAACUUUCCAUCAUUUCUCCUGGACUGCGAGGCUUUGUUUAGCACCAGUCACGCCCAGCCGCUGCUCCGUCAAAACUGUGUAAUAUUAACCCAAAUAUAAUCGAGCUGGCAAUUAAUCCAGUACUUAAAAACUAA